UGGGGAUGUAGAGUCAUCAUUCCAGAGCAAGCGAGAGACCAGGUUUUGGAGCUGCUGCAUACCACGCAUCCCGGGAUCGUCCGCAUGAAGGCGCUUGCCAGAAGCACAGUUUGGUGGCCGGGUAUCGACCAAGAUAUUGAAAGGAAGGUCCGAACCUGCCUGCCCUGCCAGGAGACAAGGCCGCAACCUGCACGUGCAAGACUGCAUCCGUGGGAAUUUGCCAGAAACCCAUGGUCCCGAAUCCACAUCGAUUUUGCAGGACCCUUCCAAGGAAAGGUUUUUGUUCUGGUGGUGGAUGCGCAUUCGAAAUGGCUGGAAGUCAUCCAGAUAGCAUCCAUGUCGUCAGCAGCAGUGUGUCAAAGGCUGCGAGUGCUGUUCGCAACACACGGUGUUCCCGACACUAUAGUCUCGGACAAUGGGACCGCGUUCGUCUCACAAGAAUUUGAAGAAUUUUUGCAGAGAAACCAGAUCCGGCACGUUAAGGUGGCGCCAUAUCAUCCAUCGUCAAAUGGCCAAGUGGAGCGCAUGGUCCAAGAAACUAAACAAGUCCUCAGGCGCAUGGAAGGAGGCGACAUGGCCACCAAGUUGGCCCGAUUUCUUUUGAGUCAGCAUAUUCUCCCGCACUCAACGACCGGAAAGAGUCCGGCGGAAUUGUUGAUGGGUCGGAGACUCCGUACUGCACUGGACCGGCUUCACCCAGACCUACAAGCAGAGAUGGUGGACAAGCAAGAGGAACAAGCGCUGCGGGGAAGACAAGGUGUACGCGAAUUCGAGCCGCGAGAACCAGUCUUCAUCCGCAAUUAUUUAGCAGGCCCCAAGUGGCUAUCCGGUAUCAUCACUGAGAUCACCGGUCCGGUGUCUUACAAGGUUCGCACCAUCGACGGUCGUUUCUGGAGGCGGCACGUGGACCAAAUCCGGAGACGGGAGUGGAGCACAUACCUGGACGAGGAGGAGCCUACGACAGAGCUGUCACCUCAGCAGCUCUCCUUACCAAGCGAGCCAUCGCUUAGGAAUGAAUCGGUGGAAGAGUGCCCACCAUCUACGAGUCAAGCGGACUUCCCUGAGGAGUCAACCCCAGUGGCAACACCUCCAGCUUCCCCACAACGUUCACCUGCUUCACCCCAUGAACCGAGGCACCAAACAGUGUUGCCAACUUCAGCGCCUGCGCAAGAACAGUCAAAUCGUCCCCAACGACAACGGCGACGUCCCGACUACCUAAAGGACUAUGUGACCUAG